GUCUCAGACAGAGUUGUUUGUUACUGUUAAGACAAAGAAACAGCAUAUGUGCUCUGUUUUAAAUCGUACUUAUGUUUAUAAUACUCGACUCAAACUCCCAUCUCCUCUUUUUCUUUAAUCCUUUGCUUUCUUGCCUUGAACAGAGCUCCCUUCAGUUUUACUACUUAACCACUUUUCCUCUUCCCACACCCUCCCUCUCUCUCUCACUCUCUCAUUCUUUUGUCACCUCAUGCUCUCUCCCAUUUAUUACCCAUGGAAAAGUACGAUGCUGAUUAGCAUAUAAAAGGUGGGGAGAAUGUCGAGCUCUCACUCCACAAUUUCUUGAAAUUCUCUCUGUUGUCUGACUUAGUAAAUAAGGGGAAAAUGGGAAAGAACCGCAUCGUUCUUCUUGUAAUUCUCAUGGUAUUUCUUGCUGGGUGCUCAUCAGUUUCUGCAUCACCUGCUGCAAGAAUCGUUAGUGGGGUGGUGACAAAUGUUGUCUCCACCAUUUUCAAGCGGUUGUGGUCACUGAAAUCUACCAGCAAAACUGCUACUUCCAGCCGUUCAAUGAUGAAAUUUGAAGGCGGAUACACCGUUGAAACAGUGUUUGAUGGGAGUAAGCUUGGAAUCGAACCUUACUCGGUGGAAGUCUCAGCAACUGGGGAGGUUUUGGUUUUGGACUCCGAAAACAGCAAUAUUUACAAGAUCUCAAACCCUUUGUCUCGAUAUAGUAGACCUAAGUUGCUAGCAGGAUCGGCCGAGGGGUACACGGGGCAUGUAGAUGGGAAGCUAAGGGAAGCAAGAAUGAACCAUCCAAAAGGGCUUGCCGUGGAUGAUAAUGGGAAUGUGUAUGUUGCCGACACAAUGAAUAUGGCGAUCAGGAAGAUUAGUGAUACUGGAGUCGUAACAAUUGCAGGUGGAAAAGUGGGCCGAGGAGGAGGACAUGUCGAUGGCCCGAGUGAGGACGCCAAGUUGUCUGAUGAUUUUGAUGUGGUCUACAUUGGAAGUAGUUGCUCUCUUUUGGUUAUAGACAGAGGGAAUCAAGCAAUUCGAGAGAUCCAACUCCAUGAGGAAGAUUGUUCUUCCCAGGAGGACAGCAAUCUUCAUCUAGGCAUAGCAGUGCUAGCCGCAGCGUGUUUCUUUGGUUAUAUGCUGGCCUUGUUACAACGCAGAAUCUCCGCUAUGUUUUCUCCAGAAACUGAACCGAAGGCAUAUGCGAAGGCCAUGCCACCUGCACCGUAUCAGAAGCCUCCUCCCAAAUCAGUCCGCCCUCCCCUGAUUCCUACUGAAGAUGAUUAUGACAAAGAAGAAGAGGGCUUGUUCAGUUCAUUGGGGAGGCUUUUCGUCUACACCGGUUCAUCCAUAGUUGAGAUUUUUGGUGGAUUGUUCUCUGGUUUCAGAAAAAAACCCUUCCAUCAUCACAUGCAGCAGCAUCACCAUCACUCUUCAAGACACGGGAACGCUUGGCCUGUACAAGAGAGCUUUAUAAUUCCACGCGAAGACGAGCCCCCACAAAUAGACACGAGAGAACCUACACCAAGAAAAAGCUACCCAAUCAUGACCAAAGAAACGGAGAAGACUAGGCAAUCAAAGCAAGUCCGGCCCUACUACAGUGGAUGGAACGGAGACUAUCAACAGCCACAGCGCCACGUGCAGCACUUACAACACCACCAACAUCAUCAGAAGCACCACCCUCCCGGCCCUCAAACUUAUUACGAGCAGCAAAACUGUGAAACGAACGAAAUCGUGUUCGGGGCAGUCCAAGAGCAGGACGGACGACGAGAGUCGAUGGUCAUAAAGGCUGUUGACUAUGGAGAUCCAAUUUACAAUAAUCAGAAUAUUAGGUCGAGAUCGUAUAACUACAUGAGUUACUCCUAUGGCUACUGAAGCUGUUGUGUUGGCUUGAAUAACAUGAAAUAGUUGUAUAGAAGCAUCUGUAGUGUGAUGAUUGAUUCUCUGAUGACAAAUGCUUUUGGUUAUCUAUUUUCACUUUCCUCAACAACUUUCUUCCUAACCACUUUUUCCUGUCAAUUGAUUUGAUUUCUGGACAAGAUGUUUCCUGAAACAAAUUG